AUGCCGCAUCCGACACUGCUGGACAUCGGCGUGGAGGCGUACUCGCACCAGGCGGAGGUGGACGAGCUGCGCCGGCGCCUAGGCAUCAAGCACAACCACUUCGACUGCUGGCUCUACGGCUUUCUGGAAAACAAGAACUUUGACAUUGGGGAGGCGGUGAAGAAGCUGAACCGACGCGAUGUGUUUGAAAAGGAGCAACUCGCAAAAUACACCGUGACGGAUUGGAUGGUGCAGAGCAUGCGGAAGGGCAUCAUGCAGCUCAUCGGAAAUGACAAACAGGGACGUGUGGUGUUCUACGUUGUCACGGCACGUGAUAAGCCGACAUCGGCACGGCGCGAGGAGUGCAAAAUGAAUUUUGACAUGAUGGUGAGUUACGGCACUCGCCUACGUGCGGAGAAUAAGCGGUGCCAGAUGGCAUUGCUCGUCAACCAGGAGAAGGCGAGCUUGUGGAGCAACACCGACAUGACACUGCAGGCCGAUAUUGCCCUUCGCAUCGCAAAGUUUUACCCCGGUGCUGUGGACAAGAUGUACAUCUGCAACAUGAACCGCACUCUGGCUGCUGUGGCGAAGCCUGUAUUUGCACGCUUUCCGCCCAUUGUGUCCGACCGUAUCAUCAUCUUCUCUGAGGGCGACAGAAAGGCUGGCAAACUACUGGAAUAUUUCGACGAGAGUGUGCUGCCGGUGGCGCUGGGCGGCAGCAACAACUGCGACAACGAGGAGAACCACAUAAACUUCUCUGUGACAAUCAAGGAGCACUUCGAUCAGCUCAAGGCGGCAGUGCAGCGCGGCUACUCGGUGAAGGAGUGGGAGCUCGAGUGCCUCUUUCCGCACGGCCUGCCGGAGGAGACGUCUGUGAACGUCGAUUUGUUUGGCAACACUCCACCGCCCUUAGCGCCAGACGGGGCUUCCUUCGGGGACGGCAACAACAAUGAUGUUUCGUGGAGCGAUGUGUCGCGCAACUCUAAUGACAAUUCGCCGAUACGCGCAGAGUCCGUGGACCUCUUGACGUGCGAUUCCUUCAACCACAACAGCAACUACCACACGCGGGUCAGUAGCGUGAAAGAAGGCGUGUUCCCGAUCCGUACACAAUCCUGCACAAUGAGGACGAUGCGGAGAGACUUCGUGACGGAUUACGUGGAACAGUUUGUGAUGAUGGAGUCCUUCUUUCGUGGGAGCAUUAUGGAAGCGCAUGAACGUGAGUGGCUGAUGAUUCUGCAGCGCGAGUCCCCUGCACGGCGGUCGUUGCGCGAGGCGGAGGAGAAUUUGGGGCGCAACACCAUGCUCUUUCGCCGUUUGCCAGCCGCGGUGCAGCUCAUCGCCAAGGGAGGCCUCUGGAUAACGCUGAUGGUCACUUCGCUGUAUUUCCUUCUCGCUACAAUUUUCGGUGCCAUGAUAGGCUGCUCCUGUAUGAUGUUUUUCUUCUUCUCCAUGCUGUCGAAGCCGUACAACGUUUUCCUGUACGGGUGUGCGCUGCUUGUGACGGGGUGCCAGACGGCACUGUUUUGCUCCCGAGGCUUUGAACUCACGCGUCGCACGUACGAUGGGCGGCUGAUCGACGCCUUCCGCGGGCUCGGCUUUCACGCGCUGAUUGUGCAGGCGUCACUGUGUUUUGCAGCCGUUGUCGCCUUCUUUGUGGUGUUCUGUGUCAUUGCGGCGCAGCAAACUGUUGUCGAUGGUGUGCAGUACACUGUGGCGGUUGGAUGGAUUGUGGCCUUCUGGAUCAUUCUUCUGUAUCAUUUUCUCUACGCAUUCGGAUUCAUUGACAGCACGAAGCGGUCGCGCCGCGGCAAGAUGGCAGUGGCAACGCUGUAUUUCUUCUUCGAUGUGGACAUGGACUCUGACCACGCAGCGAUGCGGCAUUCAGCAUCAACGGAGGUGACGAUAACGUGUAUUUCGAUGCUGUCAGCCUUUGCGUUUGGUCUGUGCCACAUGCUGAAUGGCGCGGUCUUCUUUUUGUGCGCCACUGUUAUCAUGUCGGUGGUGACGAUGCUGCUGGUGGUGCAGUUCAUCAAUGUCGACCACGCCCCCUCUACGGGCGGCCUGUUGCUGUCUGCGUUACUUUACACAAGCGUUGUGUGGCUGUACAUUGUUUUCACCAUUUCCGCUCAUGGCUGGAACGAUGAAUGGAGCCGAUCUACCAGUGUUGUGUUGUGCCUGGCGCUUCUGACAAAUGUUAUUGUGCUCGGCUACUCGUGGGUUCCGCUGAGCAACACCGUGAUGCGGCGCUGGGUGUUCCGCGGGGCGUGGAUGUGGGUCAUUCUCCACCUUGUCACGUGCAUUAUUGCGAUGUUUGCCACCGACUACCGUCUUGGUCUGUUUAUCCUUGGGUUCUCCAUCCACCUGCUGCUGUAUGGUUUCCGCGUCAAUUCGGGCUCCUCCACGUAUGGCGUCUGGAUCGUAGUCAUGGGCUUUCUUGCCAUGCUGCUCGCCUGCAUCCUGCUUGGCGGUCUCGCGUCUGGACAAGCGUACAGCAGCCCGGCAAGUGAGUGGCUUCUCCCGAAUUACGCAACGGGCGAUAGGAGGGCAAACGCCAUUGCCGCGUGGGAAUCGCCGCCGGAGUCGUUGACGCCAGUGUGCUGGCUUCGCUUCCCGACCACGAUAGACAUUGUUGGCAUGGCGCUCUUCGCCAAGCUGUCGUACGCGGAAAUGCUGAAUACAACACGCAUUGACCUCCAACGGUGGUUUCCGUCAUUCACGUAUGUGGGCAACCGCACCUACGCACCCUCGUCCUUCCUGCAGGUGAAGAUCUUCACGGGCACAGACAAUAACCUUAACAUCACCAUCAUUACACUUGGCUCCACGAGCGCUCUGUAUGCUGCUAUGGAUUCUAUGACCAUGUGGAUUGAUUUCAUGGCACUGUCGCUCUUCGCCGUCUUUACACCACAUGAGUGGUUCAUGAAGAUCACCUCCUCCUUGGAUGUUGUGGAACGACUGUCAUCGCUGUUGUGGCUAUCAUCCGUUGAGGAGGCGCGCUCCGACAUGGCUGACUACUUCGCAUCGAUGGAGAACGUGAGCCACCACGUGUAUGUUGUCGGCUACGGCCUCUCCGGCGCUACUGCCGCAGUGGUGGUGCCGCCGUCCUCACAGCGCGUGCAGGGCGUCAUGUUCGCCUCCCCAGUGAACGCCGUUGCACAGCGUGGUGAGCAGCAGAUGACGUUGGGCCUGCCGCCGAACCGUGUGCUUUCCCUCGUGACAACAUUGUCGGUGCUGACGCCGUGGUGGGUGUGGGGGCCCCUCACUGAGACGCUCCCGUGUGGUGCGACGGCGUCCGACUGCUCCAACAUCGGCGCCGUCGCGGAGCUUUUGGACGGCAUUUGCCAAGGCGGCAAGGCGGUUAAUAAAUUUUCGUCGCCGCCCGUAGAUGGGCGCGAUACCUUGAGAAUGGAAUCCAUCAAGUAA